UCUGAAGGCCCAGUGCAGGAGAGCAGACCUAGAAUCCGAUAGAUUAUUAAGUGUUACGUGCUAGUAAUAGCCUACUUUCUUAUAUCCAACUUCGUAUCUACCUACAAACUUAGGAUGGCCAAUAAAGAGAGAAAGAUGUCUGAAGUAAGCGAGGAGAUACAGCAGAAGUACGAACUUCCACUUUUAAGCGUGGAAUCGGUUGAUGAGACGGAUGGUGGCUUCGGACCAUGGGAGAACAUCGUAGAAAAAAGCAUGGUUGGGACAGGCAUCAUGACUGAUGGCGCCAUCAUCGACCGGGACGGCAAGAUAUACGGUAUCAAUGAUAAGUUCAACUUGAAAAAGAAGCAGAUCAAAACCAUUGUUCAUGCUUUGUACGACGAUGUCGAUCAGACCACCAUACCCAAAGAAGGGAUCGAAGUCGGCGAAAGGAAAUUUACAUACGGCGUACGUGACCUUGGAGACAAAAUGGUCGGACAGGAUGGAGAGAGUGGUAUCAUUAUCAGGUGUAGCAGGAAGUUCAUCAUCAUUGGUAUUUACGAUGGCAUAGAGAAAAAAGCGAUAGCUGAAGAUAUGAUGGUGGAUUUGCAAAGAUAUUUCAUAAGGCAGGAUAUCUGAAGUGUCAGAAGAAUCAAAGAUUUUGUAUACGACAUAAUACAUAUAUAUACAUGUAUAUCUGAUACCGGACCUAGCUUCCAGAAAGAGACAGGUCAGCGCCGUGUUUGACCUUGGGCGGGGGGAGUAGACUUUAGUGCCCACCUGUGCAUGCACUGCAGGAUUCAUGUGGAGUAUUUUUAUACUCAAUGGCCAAGGAUGGAUUUCCUUGCAUGGACUAAAAAUGUUAGAUUGACAGAGACGUUGAUACAACAUAAGCUUCUAGAUAGAACAAGGGCUGCUUCCGCUUAUUGUCACGGUAACAACGUGUCUUAUUGAUUCCAGAGCAUUAUAAUGCCUCAUUAAACUCAUUGCUUUUCAUGCAUAAAUGGCGUCUUAUGUCAGGACAUGAAGAUGGUUUAAAGCAGUUCGUCCAACACAGACAAAUAGCGCCAGCAUCUAACCCAGUAAAUCCAUUGUGUACACCUGGCAGUUUGCUACGUCGGUGAUAAUUUGCACGCCACCUAUAGUGUGGUACGAACUGCUUUGAACAAAUUGAUACCCAGUGAUCAGCAUCCUGAGAAGAAAUGUCGGUCAAGUUAUGUCCAUUUUAAGGCAACAAGUCAUAACGAGAUAACCGGAGAUGCACAUUGUUCAUGUACAAGUAUGAUUCAUAUGUCUUUAUUGCUAUAUUUUAACAUUUAUCAAAUAAAUAAUAAAUAUGA